UCGGUGAUGUCGAACAUACGACUCCCUUAAAACAUUUGCGGUUAUUUUCAAUCUUAUUAUAAUUUUGCCAUUAUAAAAAACGGCUUUUAACUUUGUCGUGGCAUUAGACUUGAUAUCCGGAUCAAAUGCUCUUUACGGUAACAAAAGUUACGAGUAAUAUUGCAUCAUGAAGCAGAAGGGUUCAUACUACUACAUAUAUAGCGAAAAUGGAGCACGUAUUAUCACGCGUAAUUAACGCACAACGUAAACGGCUCGAUUAACAAUGCGGAGAGCAGGAUAUAAUCCAUUUACCGAUACUAUAAGCAACAACAUAUCGGCUGUGAAUAUUUCGAUAAAAAGAAGGAAGAGAUGAGAGGAGCACUAAAAAUAAGACGACUCAGAAGCAAAAGCGAGGACAAUGCUUAUUAUUUUCUCCGACAAAUUUUUAUUUGUCUAUCGUUGUCAACAUGCUGCUAAACAGCAAUCAGCUGAUCAUACAGAUCACGGAUCAUGUGAACGUAUUAGUUUGCGACUAUCGAUCUCGCGUUUGUCAACUACGCGUGCGCGUUGCAUAGUCGGUUAAGCACAUGUGCAUACACACUUGCAUGUAAAAAGGCAAUUUUUCUUGGUUUUUCUCCGAAUAUUAAAUGUGUUGAAACGUUUCAUUUUUAUAGUAUUUUAAAUACGAACGAUGACGAGCUAUGUACGAUACGCUUUAUGCAAUCACAUGAAAGUUUCCAACGAUUACAAUUGCCGAAAUAUGCCACGUUUCUUUUCUUGGUUUUGCAAAUUUUGUCGAGUGUUACGGAUUAAUGAAGCCAGUUCACAGAUAAUAAUUAUGUCGGAAAACGAAGCCAUUUCACUGAAGUUCGCAAAAUUGUCGGACAAAGCAUUUGCGCCGAUGAAAGGUUCGGAAUAUGCGGCAGGAUACGAUUUACGGAGUGCAUACAAGUAUAUUAUACCAUCCCAUGGCAAGGAAUUAGUUAAAACUGAUUUACAAAUAGAAGUUCCUUUUGGUACAUAUGGUAGAGUUGCACCACGAUCUGGAUUAGCAUGGAAAAAUCACAUAGAUGUAGGUGCAGGUGUUAUAGAUGCAGAUUAUCGCGAAGAAAACGUAUGGAAGCUUUGCCAAGAUGUAGCGACUAGACAUCCUUCUGAAUUACAACAUUGUCAUGUUGUUUUCGUAAGCAAUUCACGACGAAGCGUUCCCCUUUGGCGUCAACGGGCAGGAAAGGACGAGGACAAAUUAGUUGUGUGGGAUUACCAUGCUAUUCUCAUCUAUGCGCCCGACGAAAGGGCAGUGGUAUACGAUUUAGAGAGUUCUUUGCCGUUCCCUACACAUUUCUGGAAAUAUGCCACCGAAACCUUUAGAUCUGACGAAGCAUUGCGGCCUGAAUAUCACAGAAGAUUCCGUCUGGUAUCUGCCAGCGUAUAUUUACAACAAUUCGCAUCAAGUCGGCAUCAUAUGAAGCGCAAGGAUGGCACAUGGAUCAAGACACCACCAGAUUAUCCUCCGAUCUCGACACCAACGUGCAAGGAUAAUCUCGACUCAUUCAUCAACAUGGAACCAGGAACCGGAUUAGGGGUUGUAAUGAGUUUAAAACAAUUAGUCAACCGGUUUUAUAGGCCAAAUGUCAAUACACAGGCGCCGACGCCGCCUCAGCCGCAAGCCACAGCUACUUAAAUUGUGAGCUACAAUGUAUUGUUCGCGUACGCUUUGAUUAACAAUAUCGGAGAUAAAUUGUAUGGCCUAAGGAAAUUGGUUUUGGUGCAUGCAUCUUUGUGGGCUAAAAUAUUUGAUCGAAAUUUGAUAAUAAUGUUAGUUAAUUGCUGCUAAUUCUGAUAAAAUUUCAAAUAUAAAAUCGUUGCAGUUGUAUCUUUAUUAGGGCGAAAUUCGCUCAAGAAGAUGGAACCGAGAGAACUUUAGCGAAAUUAAAUUUAUUGUCGUGUUGUGAUACUUUUGUCAAAGUUUUGUCAUAUUUUAUACACAUUUUAGAGUUUAGAUAAAAAUUUGUCUAUUUUUAUUGAUUAUUUUUUUUCUGCUAUUCUGGCACAAACAUUGCGCAUAAAUUUCUGGAUAGCAUGAGACUAGUAAGUACAUAAAAAUGUCAAUGCAACUAUUAAUUAUUUAUUUAUCAUUGAAAUCCCGGUUCCAAAUAGGUAAAUUUCAAAUCUCAUAUUUUACUCAUAAUCAAAACCUACGUAUAUCGAUAACAGAAACACACUUUUUCCAACACAAUACGGGAUUGACGUCUUACUCUCCAAUCGAGUGAUUUGGCUUAUCACGCAUAAAAAGCAAUUCUGCUGAGCUAUUUUCUUGAUAAGUGCUUAUGUACCGUAUUAAUGGACUUCAAAAAAAAUCCAUUUUCUCUCUUCUAUUAAAGUAUCUUUCGCAGAAUUUACCGGAGAGAUAUUCUCCUUCGGCAAUGCAACACGUUACAUUCGACCACGUUCUAAAUACAAGUCGUGUUUUAUGUAAGUACUUUUGUCUUCAUGCCAUAAAACGAUCUUUCUCACGGCUUUAUCCUGUCAGUGGUGUUAUUAUAAUUAUUGUGUCAAAGACUGAUGUAUUUACAGAGAAUUAUCCGACUUGAUAGAGAUCCCUUUGUCUAUCGGCGCGUGUUCGAAGCGCGGGAUGUGAUUAAAGCGCUUAUAAUUACUGUGCGAUCGAUGUAAUAAGGUCAAGAACUUAAUCUUUGCGACGUAAUGUAAUUAUUACGAUUAUUGUAAUUCUUGUGAUACUUUACACUUUCUACUUUGAAUACCUAUGCUAUACUUAUCUACUGUUUAUACUAAAAGCCGAUUCUUAAGAGAUAUAUAUUCGCUUGUUGAGCGACUUCCCUAUAUUGCCAUAUUGACUUAAAUGACUACGCGAUAUCGUCACGCGACCAAUUAUUAACAUCGAAGAACCUGUUGAUUCAACGAACGUAUGUUGCUUUAGUGAUGAUAGAAACAAAUUUUACAACGAAAACAUUUUAAAUUCUUCAUCUGUACUGCAAGUAAAAUUAGUAAAAUAUGUUCUAUUAAUUAAAAUGUAAUAUUAUUUAUCUCUAUCGUUAUUAUAAGAUAUAAUAUCAUUAUUUUUUGACUUUAUAUAUUGAGACAUAAAAUAUUUUGUUGAAUUUAUGCGUUAUUUGAUAUAUUUUCUUUAUAUAUUGGAUUAUUGUAAGCAUCUGUGUUCUUGUGAAUCAGUGGUUAAUUUUUUAUGAUUUAAACAUAAUGAACGAAAUUUAUCCUGCGAAUUCGCGAACAUAUAAAUAAAUAAUACGCAUUUAAAUGUUCGCAAUUAUAGAGUGACCUUUAUAUUCAAGACUAACCAAACGGCUUGGAUAUGAGUGCAAAAUAAGUGCUCGUUAUCUAUGGUCAGUAUGAUGGUAACCUUGGAACGUAAAGGGUUAAAUCGCGUGUUAUGCACAUUUUAUCAGAUGCGGCAGCCUUGAAAGUUUAACCUUUAUGCGUCGCAAACUUAUUUCAACCCUCACGUUUAUAUUAUUUAAUAUCAGUGACAAUAUAUGUGCGUGGUACGCAACCCAUUCUUUUUUAUGCGAUAUCGCUUUCGAUUCCAAUUUAUUAGCUUUAGCUACUUUAUUCAAACGUGUGCAGUGGGGAAGUUUAUCAACAAGCAAUUACUAUCAAACUAUCGAUUCGUCGAGUUGAUGCCAUAAUUAUUUUUACGAAUAAUAUGCCAAUUAUUCGUGAAAGAAUUCACCGAUUGGGCCGAUAGUUUUAAGAAUUUCGCCCACUUUUUGCCUUCCAAAGUCUCUCACUAGUUCACUCUAUCUUUCUCAUCGACACAUGUUUACCUCUAGUUUGCAUGUAUCAUGUUAUUACAAUGUAAGUAUUUAUAAGCGGAAGAAUCUACGGUUUCGAAAUAUCUAGUCACCGAAAAUCGCUUUAGCAUAAAUGAUAUGCGACUGCGACAAUGCAGUCUCCAUAAUAGAAACCAGGUUUCUUUUAAUGGACGCGCAACGCGUGGGAAAUUUGGGACCGAUCUUCUUAGCAAAUAAUCUCGCGAAACUUUAUCAAAAGAUAAAAAUAU